CCGUGUCGGCCGGCCAGGGCCGCUCUGCAGGCCUCGGCGCUCUCCUGCCGCCGCCCCCCCUCGGCUCCCCCCGGGUCGCCCCCGUCCGCGUGUGCUCCGCCCGGGCAUGCGCGUGUCCGUGGUCACCUGCGCCGGGCGAAGCUGGCGGCCCUGGAGGCCAGCCCGUCGUGGCGGCUGCUGGACGUGCUCGCGGGGACGCCCGCGCAGGGUGGCGCGCCGGGCAGCCGGAGGCGGGUGUUCCUCGGGGAGAUGGAGCUUCGCGGCGGCGCGACCCUGGCCGAUCUCGGUGCCACUGGCGGCAGCGAGCUUACGCUGGUGGUGACUCCCGUGCAUGUGCUGACCGCCUCCAGUGACUACACGGCGAAGAUCUGGUGCGCGGAAUCUGGCCAGUGCCUGCGAACGCUGGAGGGCCACGAUAAUUAUUGA